UGAACACCGCCAUGGGUUUGCCGCAACACAAGCAAAAGCACCUUUGGGGGCUGUGGCGAGGGAUUGAAACCGGGAUCUGAAAGAGAAGAGACAAGAAGGGGGGAAUCCGAGGGAGGAGGAGGAGGAGGAGGAAGAAGAAGAAAGAAGAAGAGGAAGAAGAGGAAAGAAGAAGAAGAAGAAGAAGAAGAAGAAGAAGAAGAAGGAGAAGAAGAAGAAGAGGAAGCUUCUAAGAAGCCCCCGCUGCGUUUUUUGGGGAUAUGGUGGCAGAUUUGGUCUCUUCUGAGGUCCUUGCAACUUCUGGGCAAUCAGAACGUUGAAUUCGGCGGACAGUUACCAUUCAUUACCUCGGGUCGCACCUGCCUUUGCUCUCCUCAUCCCCUCCUGUGCUCCUCUUCCCUCUGAUAAAACUCCAGGGCAUUGUAAUACUGCUAUGGAGCCUAGGGAGACAUUGGGCAGCUCCCGGCAAAGGGGGGGUGAGGCAGACUUUCUGCCUGCCACCGUCCCCUCUGCGAAGCCUCCAUCUACCUCCGGCUGCGCGGGGGAGACGAUGCUGCCUGCAGUGGCCUCGGGGAAAGGGAUCCCAGUGAGCGGUGAGAGGCUGGAACCAGAGGAAGAGGAUGAGCUGGGUUCUGGCAGAGACGUGGAUUCCACUUCCAAUGCGGACAGUGAGAAAUGGGUGGCAGGAGAUGGCCUGGAGGAGCAGGAAUUUUCCAUCAAAGAGGCUAACUUCACAGAGGGGAGUUUAAAACUAAAGAUACAGACUACCAAGAGAGCAAAGAAGCCCCCAAAGAACUUGGAGAACUAUAUUUGCCCCCCUGAGAUCAAAAUCACCAUCAAACAGUCUGGGGAGCAAAAGCUUUCUAGAGCUGGGAAAAACAGCAAAGCAGCUAAAGAGGAGGACAGGUCACACUCCAAAAAGAAGGGAAAAGUCAUUGGAGAUGCAAAACUGCUCAUGAGUUGUGGUUGCAGAAAAGGGAAAAAUGCACAAGUGAAAGACUCAGAUCAGAUGAAGAAUUUGGGAAGAGACUGUGGGUUCCCUGUGCAGAGUCCAGUGGUGAAAUCUGUGAACAAGGUUUAUGACAGGCCACAAAAGCAUCCUGCUCUGCACUAUGAUCCAGGCCUCCAACAAGACUUCACCAGUGACACCUUAAAAUCAAAGCACCAGCAGAAAAGUAGCAACCAGCACCAUCUUGACUGGUCAGCCAGCUCUGAUACUGGAUCUGCUUCUCAAAGUUGCUUCAUCAACACAGAACCCAAUCGAGAAGCGGUUAGUGCCACCAAGGUCUCUGCUUCAGAGCCAGGAGUUUCCUUCAGCAAAUCCCAAGCAAAGAAGUCCUGUACCAGCAGCCCAUGGGGGCAGCUGUCGGCCAGUAGUAAAGAGCUUGCCAUUUGCAGUGCAGUCCCAUCACCCACCAACAUUGGCGUGGCCACCCAGCCGAGCAGCACCUCUGAGUGCAAUGGGCUUUUGCCUCUCGGGGAUCAAGACGGAGGUCUGCAGCUGGAGGCCCCUGAUCAACCCACUGGGAGUACAAAGAAGAAGUCCAGCAAAAAGGACUUGAUAAGUCAAACUAUCCAAACCACAGACAUUGAAUGGGUGAAGAGUGCUCAGAAGACAUUUGACAGCAAAUCCCAUGACAGCAUGGAAGGGAAAAAAGAGUCUUACUCAAUUGACAGUGUGCUGGAUACAUCACCCUUGAAGCAGAAUCCCACCUCUGCGAGCAGUUGUGAAAGCGAUACCAGUCACGUACGAAUUACUAUCCCAAUAAAGUCUCCAACCAUAGAUACAUCUAGCCACAAAAGGAAAAAAAGGCAAUCUACAAAAUCUUCCAUCGAGAAAACUCUCCAGGAGAAAAGCCUGCCUUAUGGACUUUCUAUGAGCAGUGAAGUAGCAAAUAGGACCAGCUCUCUACCAGAGGGAAGUAAAAAAGAUCUUCGAGCCACAAAGCCAGGGAAAGUGAUUGAAAAUGAGCCUCCCUUAGUAGCUAUUGACAGCAGUGUGCUCACUGACAAAGCUUCCCCCAACAGUGCCACCAGACUUAGAAAAUCUGUAGCUGUGACAUCCAGUCUCCUACCCACCGAUCUUCCGACAGCCACCAAAUUAUCUGAGGUCCAGCACCCCAAACAUGCAGCUAAGCGGCGAUGGACCUGCAGCAAACCUAAAUCUAUCCUUCGGGAGACCUCCAUGACAACAUCUGAGAAGCUGAUGGUGGAGCCUCCUUCAGCCUAUCCCAUCACACCAUCCAGCCCUCUGUAUACCAAUACAGACAGUCUUACUGUGAUCACACCUGUCAAGAAAAAAAGAGGACGACCAAAGAAACAACCUUUGCUUACUGUUGAAACCAUUCAUGAGGGAACUUCCACCAGCCCAGUGAGUCCAAUCAAUCGUGAAUUUCCAGGAACAAAGAAACGGAAGAGGAGACGGAAUCUGGCCAAGUUGGCCCAGUUUGUCCCAGGAGAGGACAAGUCCACCAGUGAACUCAAGUUUCACAAAAAGGUUGGGAAGCUUGGGGUCUUGGAUAAAAAGACCAUUAAGACCAUUAAUAAAAUGAAGACCCUCAAGAGGAAGAAUAUUCUCAAUCAGAUCUUGUCCUCCUGCUCCAGCAGCAUAGCUCUGAAAGCAAAAGUCCAGCCACCAUCUAGUGCUGGGCCAACCACCAUUGAUGCCAGACUAGGGAAGCAGAUCAAUGUCAGCAAGAGGGGAACUAUCUACAUUGGUAAAAAACGGGGCAGAAAGCCAAGAGCAGAGCUGCAGCCUCAGCCAGAAGAACCUAAGACAGCCAUCAAGCACUCAAGGCCUGUUUCUAGCCAGCCAGAAAACCCAGCAGUGCCUUCCAACCUGCAGUCACUUGUGGCAUCGUCACCAGCAGCUAUUCAUCCGCUUUCCACACAGUUAGUGGGGACUAAUGGCAACCUUAGCCCUGCAAGCACUGAAACAAAUUUUUCAGAGUUAAAAACUAUGCCAAAUCUUCAACCUAUCAGUGCUCUUCCUACAAAGACCCAGAAAGGAAUGCACAGUGGAACUUGGAAGCUGUCUCCACCCCGGUUAAUGGCUAAUUCACCUUCCCACCUCUGUGAAAUAGGUUCUCUGAAAGAAGUCACACUGUCGCCAGUGAGCGAGUCUCACAGCGAGGAAACCAUACCUAGCGACAGUGGGAUAGGUACAGACAACAACAGCACUUCUGACCAAGCCGAGAAGAGCUCAGAAUCCCGCCGGAGAUACUCCUUUGAUUUCUGCACCCUGGACAAUCCAGAGGCUAUCCCAUCUGACACCAGCACAAAGAACAGGCAUGGUCACCGGCAAAAGCAUCUCAUUGUGGAUAACUUUCUCUCUCAUGAGAGUAUUAAAAAGCCAAAGCACAAGAGGAAAAGGAAAUGCCUGCAGAACAGAGAUGACCUCCAGUUUCUGGCAGACCUUGAGGAACUCAUCAAUAAGUUUCAAGUGUUCAGGAUUUCCCAUAGAAGUUACACAUUUUAUCAUGAAAAUCCAUAUCCCAGCAUCUUCAGGAUUAAUUUUGAUCACUACUACCCUGUGCCAUAUAUCCAGUAUGACCCAUUGCUCUAUCUUCGCAGGACCUCUGACAUGAAGUCUAAGAAGAAGCGUGGUAGACCUGCCAAAACCAAUGACACCAUGACAAAGGUGCCUUUUUUACAAGGGUUCGGUUACCCUAUUCCCAGUGGGAGUUACUAUGCACCCUAUGGAAUGCCUUACACAUCAAUGCCUAUGAUGAAUCUUGGUUACUAUGGUCAGUACCCAGCUCCUUUGUACCUGUCUCACACGCUCGGAGCGGCUUCCCCAUUUAUGAGACCUACCGUGCCCCCACCCCAAUUCCAUGCAAGCUCUCAUAUGAAGAUGUCCACCACUGCCAAGCAUAAAGCGAAACACGGAGUGCACCUACAGACACCUGUGGGAAUGGGCCUUGGAGACAUGCAGUCCACUUUGGCUCCUCCAAAAGUUGGAGGAACAAGCCUUUCAAGUGGCCGACUUCACAAAAGGAAACACAAACAUAAGCACAAGCAUAAGGAUGAGCGGAUAUUGGGGACACAUGAAGAUCUGAGUGGUCUCUUUGCUAGCAAGUCCACUGGCUUCUCUAGCCAUGCAAUCAGUGAAAGGCUAAGCGGCUCAGAUAAAGACCUCUCCUUGCUCAAUGAGAAAAGCAAGCAUAAGGAGAAGCAGAAGCACCAGCAUUGUGAAACCGGACACAAAGGCUCCAAGAGUAACUUUGAAGUGGAUACGCUGUCUACAUUAUCACUUUCUGAUGCCCAGCAGUGGUCACAGAGUAAAGAUAAAAGUGACUCAAGCAGUGAUCCCAUUGACUCUUGCACAAAGAGAUACUCUGGUAAUACUGAGAGUAAUGGAAGGUCAGAGUCCCUGGACAUGUUUGGUGAAAUGACUUCCUCAAGUGAGAAGCGGGACAACGAUGCAAGUGGGAAUAAAAGAAGAAGCUUUGAAGGGUUUGGAACUUAUAGGGAGAAGGACAUUCAGCCCUUCAGGACGAAUAGGAAGGACAGAACUACUUAUGAGACUUCAGCUUCUUCUGGAAUUGCAGGUCCCCACUUAAAAGCAGACCAGAUUUCACUUCAUAGUAAAAUGGAAAGUUCUGCCUGUAACAUGAUGACCAGAAGGAAACCAGCAGCUGUUGACAGUGUUGCAAUGCCGACUCCAGUAUUAUCUCUUCUAUCUUCAUCAUCAGCAACCUCUGAAGCAGCCAGCCCUCCACUGAAAAAAAGGUUCAAGCGCCGUGAAAUUGAAGCAAUCCAGUGUGAGGUGCGCAAGAUGUGCAACUACACCAAGAUCCUGUCCACGAAGAAGAACCUGGAUCAUGUGAACAAGAUCUUGAAAGCCAAGAGGCUGCAGAGACAAUCAAAGACAGGCAAUAACUUUGUCAAGAAGCGGAGGGGGCGUCCUCGGAAGCAACCCCUCUCCUUUGAUGAAGACUCCAGAGACCAAAUGCCCGUUCUGGAAAAAUGUGUUGACCUUCCUAGCAAAAGAGGUCAGAGACCGACACUCAACCCUUUGAUCUUGGAGCAAACAGCCACUCAAGAUACAAUCAUGGCCACCAUCGAAGCUGUCAUACACAUGGCUCGAGAGACGCCACCUCUGCCACCUCCUCUUCCUCCUCCUCCACCUCCUCCACCUCUCCCUCUGCCCCGUACACCCAGGCUUGGGAAAAGGAAAAGCAAAUCGCCGCAGGAGGAAGAGGAGGAUGUGAAAGUGAAGCGGCACCGGAAAGGCAGAGGGAAUGAAAGCGAAGGCCUUCCCUAAGGCCAGAGCACCCCGUUGGUGGCGGGGCAAGCCGUGACUGAGGGGCUGGAGGAACAUGGUCUCCUUCACCCCUGCGGCAACCACCAGACUCACUUGACGCUUCGGCAGCCGGAUCCCAUUGUGGAGCGCCGUGUCAGCCGGGGUUCGCUUCUUCCUCUUCAUCGCCUUGGCCUCAG